AUGGGCUUACCUAACAUUGUUUUCAUCGAUUUUAAGCGCACAGAACGCAUUGGCUUAACGCGUACACUCCGUGAUUAUAUACAGUUUUCUUAUGCAGAACACCCAGACGCGUACACUGAUGAUUUCCGCGUCCUCGAUGAAUUGAGAAGUGAUUGUCUGAAUUUGGAAGUGCAUUACAAUGCAUUAAACCGACUCCUCAAAUAUUACGGUCAAUUAGUGUUCAUUGGCUCCAAAUUUCCAAUAGACGUAGGCAUUGAAUUUCCUUGGUCCCUGGCAUUUUCUGAAGACAAAAAACUCAUCGCACACAGGAAUUUUUGUUACGAAAAAGCCUGUGUACUGUUUAAUAUUGCCGCCAUGUAUAGUCAACUUGGCGUCUCUGAAAAUAGAUUCUCCGCAGCCGGGGUAAAAAAGGCCAGUCAGCAUUUUCAGUGUGCCGCUGGAUGUUUUAGCUACUUAAAUGAUGUAGUUGUGCCAGAAAUGAGGUCACCGCCCCCUUUAGAUAUGACAACGCCCGUGCUCAAUUGUCUGGUGAAUUUAAUGUUGGCACAAGCUCAGGAAUGUUUUUGGCAAAAAGCUGUGAAUGACAAAUUAAAAGAUGGAACUAUCGCGAAAUUGGCAGGUCAGGUUGCGGACUUUUAUGAAGCAGCUCAUGAAUUAAGUACCACUGAUCCGGAGAUUGGAAAGCUGAUGGGACUGGAAUUAAUCACGCAUCUCCAAGUUAAAUCCUGGCAUUUUUUUGCAGGAUCAGAAUUCCGCAAAUCCUCAGAAAAUAUUAGUCAAAAUAAAUAUGGAGACGAAAUAGCGAGAUUAAAAGUCGCCGAAGGAUUGAUAAAACGCGCAUUAAUCCAGCAAAAGUAUCUAAGAGAUUCCGUGAUAAAUGACUUGAAGUCACUCGAGAAACCAAUAAAUGACAAUUUGAUUCGAGCUGAAAAAGACAAUGACAUCAUCUAUUUACAUUCUAUUCCUUCAGCUUCAUCAUUACCUCCAAUUGGGCGUGCUAAGAUGGUCAGCGCGACUUUGCCGCCCGAAAUCAAAGAUCCAAUUUCCAUGAUGAAUGAAAGAUCAAUAUUGGGUGAACCAUUGUUUGUAAAACUCGUUCCUUUCGCGGUCCAUCAAGCAAUUAGUGUAUACUCGGAUCGCAAAGAUACUUUAGUGCGGGACGAAAUCGUUGGCAAGCUACACGAGCUGACAAGCAUUUGUAAAAGUAUGCUGCAAUCUUUGAAGUUGCCGGGAUCACUAGAAAUACUAGAACAACCGGUUGGAUUGCCAUCAUCCUUAAUUCAAAAGUCCAAUGAAGUUAGGAGUUCUGGCGGACUUGAAUUUUUGAAGGAAAGACUUUAUAACGUACAAGAGCUAGAAAGCAAAGAUACCGCAAUCCUAGAAGAGGCAAGAUUGUAUCAAGAGAUGGCUGAUGAUGAAGAAAAACGGGAAUUAUACCCAGAACAAUGGAAACUCCCUCCUUCCGAAUCAGUAAACCAGGAACUUGUUUCACAAGGGGUCAAACAUCGCGAUGCAUUGAAUCUUGCUCGAAAUGGGGAUAGUGCUAUAAAAAAGAAAUUGGACGAUUGGUCAACCAUAAUAGAUUUACUUGGGACAAGUCAUCAAGAAUUAGUCCGUGCAGUUCCUUCAAGUCAGGGACAAGCUGAAGAUCCCAGUGCAAGCGAACUUCGGAAUUUAUACAAUGAAGCCUUGCGGUUGAUGAAUGUUCGAAAAGAACGAAUUCAAGAAGCUCAAAAGUUUGGACAUUCGGACGAUAUUGGCAAGUAUAAUCAAUAUAAUGAUGGAAUUGAAGCUGCUAAAAUAACCUCAAAAGGCAUCGGAGUCAAGAUCGAGUCUGCACAUUUCGAAGACUUUUUCACACAGCGUUUAGCGAGAUAUGACCCUUUCCUGCAAAUGGUAACACAAGAGACUGAGAGCCAAGAAAAGUUGAUUAAUGCGAUUAUAGAAUUAAAUCAACUUUUGCUGGAAUCACGGCAACGUUCAGAUGCUAACACGGGACGUGUUAAGGCCUUGCAAAAUCUGGAAGCUGGAUACGAUAAAUAUAAAGAACUACUUAAAAAUCUGAGAGAAGGUGAACAGUUUUAUCGAACCUUUGAAAUUCCUCUCACUGAAUGGAAGAAUGCUUGUCAAAAAUUCGUAGAGACUCGACAACAUUAUGCAGACAAUCAUCUAGAGCAUCUUGCGAAUUCGUUCUCCUCCAUGAGUAUUUCAAAUCAACAGCAACCACAGCCAUCUGCACCUCCUGCAUCAGAAAUGCCUACACCUUCAAAUCCAGUUACCGCACGGGGUGUUUGGACUUCAGGUAGUCCUGUCAAAUUUAUGUCAUCCCAAUUAAAUCAGAGACCUCCAUCCCAACCUUCAUCACCCAGUCCAUGGACUCGUGGUAUGCCCGUAUCCUUUAAAUCAUCAUCUACCGACCAACGCCCACCUAAUAGUCCAACACCUAAAGGUUGGCAUAAAGGACGAAUUCAAUUUGAUGAUAGGGGUUCAUGA